AUGAAUCAGAUUAGGGUAAAGAGAGUGGUGAAGAAAUUACUAAUGAACUUGCUGUCAACACUCCACUUAUUGGCAAAAGUUACAAAGAAAGCAGAUGAAAUGGGGUUCGAAGAACUCAGUUUAAGGGAGGCAGUUCAUCAAGGAGAUCCACUUAAGAGAAGAGAAACUCAGAGAAUGGAAAACUGGAUUGCAAAUCCCUACACUGUUGAAUCCUUUAACUCUGAAGAAGAGGAUGAUGAGGAUUAUUUUGAAGAUAGCGAGGAAGGAGUUGAUCUUGAAGAAGUCUCUAAUGCUGAAGAAGAAGUUGAUAACAAAGAAGACGCUAAAGAUAAAGAAGAUGAACUUGCCACUAAUAAGGGAGAAGCCUCUAUUUAG